AUGGCAGCUGAUGAUAAGGUUGCCAUUUUAACCGAUGAUGAAGAAGAACAGAAGAGAAAGUACGUGCUUGCUGAUCCUUUCAAUGGCAUUUCCAAGGAUCAAGACUUGCCACCCCAGAAUGAAUCCCCUUCAACGGAGACAACCACUGUCCCAGAUGAAGAGCUAGACUGGUUAGAAAAGCACUGCGUCAAAAUAAACAACGAUCUUCUGAUCUCAAAGGUCUUUUAUUUUUUCUUCUAUUCUGCAUAUGGCUCGCUCUAUCCCUUGCUGCCUGUGUACUACAAGCAGCUGGGUAUGUCACCCAGUCAGAGUGGACUUCUGGUGGGCAUCAGGUACUUUAUUGAGUUUUGCAGUGCUCCCUUCUGGGGAGUGGUGGCAGAUCGCUUCAAGAAAGGGAAGAUCGUCCUCCUCUUUUCACUUUUAUGCUGGGUUUUAUUUAACCUGGGGAUUGGAUUUGUUAGACCAGCCACUUUAAGAUGCGUACCAAAGGGCCUUCCCCCAGCACAUCCCACCAAUGCAAGCAGCCUUUUAACUACAGUUUCGCAAAACGCCUCGCUGUCUUCUCUGCUAACCACAGUGAGUACUGCAUCCCCGAAGGUUCGUGGAAAGAGAGACCUGCUCACUUCCAGUCCGGUCACUUUGGAAACAACAGGGAGAGCUAAUCCUGAAGUAACGUUCCUGUUACCUACGCAGAGCAAUGAUGUGGAGUUUGUCUUGGAAAACAGUACCCAUUUUAUGUUGAAAAACACCACCACUAGCCCAGUCUCACCAGGGAACGUGACUCCAAGUACCACCCCAGCUGCCAUCACCACAAAGCCAAUGCCUUCUGACCAAGCUGUGCUCGUUUAUGAUCAACAAGAAGUAGAAGCCAUCUUUCUACUCAUUCUGCUGGUUGUCAUAAUAGGAGAAUUUUUCAGUGCUUCCUCUGUUACUAUUGUGGACACCGUAACGCUGCAGUACCUCGGCAAACACAGGGACCGGUAUGGAUUGCAGCGUAUGUGGGGCUCUCUGGGCUGGGGACUGGCCAUGCUCUCCGUGGGAAUUGGCAUUGACUAUACCCAUACAGAAGUUGGCAUAGAAGGUCAAGGAUGUAAAGCUCCCGAGUACAAGAACUACAGGAUAGUUUUCAUCGUUUUUGGUGUUCUGAUGACAAUGGCAUUAAUUGUGGCCACGCAGUUUCGAUUUCAUUAUGCGCACUUCAAGCAAGAUGAAAAUAAGAGAAGAGAGGUAGAAAUCUCACAGGUAGACAGAAGUGCCUCCAACGAAUCCUCUGAUAACACUCCUACCAGUAUGAGCCAGUCACAGUCUUUCAGUUUGUGGGACCUAAUAAAACUGCUGUGUAGUAUCCAGUACGGCUCAGUGCUCUUCGUGGCAUGGUUCAUGGGGUUUGGAUAUGGCUUUGUGUUCACCUUUCUUUACUGGCACUUGGAAGACCUGAACGGCACCACCACUCUCUUUGGAGUUUGUUCUGUGCUCAGUCACGUGUCUGAGCUGACUGCCUACUUCUUCAGCCACAAAUUGAUUGAAUUGGUUGGUCAUAUCAGAGUGCUUUAUAUUGGUCUCGCCUGUAACACAGCUCGAUAUAUUUACAUCUCGUAUCUGGAAAAUGCCUGGACUGUUCUUCCGAUGGAAGUACUUCAAGGUGUCACGCACGCGGCUAUAUGGGCAGCUUGUAUUUCGUACCUUAGCGCAGCAGUGCCUCCGGAGCUGAGGACGUCAGCCCAGGGAAUUCUGCAAGGUCUCCACUUGGGUCUGGGCAGAGGAUGCGGGGCUAUGGUUGGAGGGGUAUUGGUCAAUUACUUCGGUCCUGCUGCCACAUUCAGAGGAAUAGGGAUGGCUUGUUUAGUGAUUCUUCUUCUAUUUGCACUGAUCCAGUGGCUGAUGGUUCCAGAUGAAGAAGAAGAAAAGACAAUGCUGGCGGAAAGGAUCCCAGUGCCUUCCAGUCCUGUUCCCAUAGCAACUAUAGACCUUGUACAACAGCAAUCAGAAGAUAUCAUGCCUCGGACUGAGCCCAGACUCCCUCUAAAGAAAACUAAACACCAAGAAGAGCAAGAGGAUGUGAACAAGCCUGCCUGGGGCAUCAGCUCUUCUCCUUGGGUCACCUUAGCUUAUGCUGUCUGCCAGAUAAAAGAGAUGGUUAAACUAUCCAAAACCAAUCCAACUCCUGAGAAUCAGCCUUUGCAGUUAGGAAAAGAGAUGGAAGAAAAUCAAUGAGAAUUGCAGUGCUUCAUCAGCCAGCUCAGCAAGACAACCCCAAAAUCCGACAGAUUCUGGGCAGUCCAGAAAUUGUUCAGCACCAACACCAUAGACAAUAAAAAGAAACAUCGAUGACUAGCCACUAGUUACUUUUUUUGCACUUGAACUUAAAUGUACUGUACUCACGUAAAUCCUCAUGACUUGUCUAAGUGUCCUUUAAAAUCAGAAAUGUAUUUAUUGUAUGUUUGUAUAGCUUGGGGGAGAACUAAAGACUGAACAGGUGACAGGACAAGAAGGAUGCUAAAAAUCAUCUUGAAGCAAACCAACCAUUUGCUGAGUUCAUGCUGUAUGGUGUUACCUCGGCUGCUACUGCAUAGCACCUGGAUUGUGAGGUGAAGAGCUUGUACGCUGUGUUUACACUUCAGAAUUGUGUAUUUGAAAUGCCUGCUCUUUUUGGAAUUGUAUAGUCAUUCUGUGUUGCAAAAUGGACAUGUACACCUGGGUUUUGAUAUUUGUGAAACUGUAAAAACUGUGGUAAGAUAUAUAAAAGAUCCAUAAUGUAUUUAAUAGUA